AUGUCCAAGGAGGCUCCACAUCGCUUUCUACUGGAGACGCGGUCUCAGCAGCUCCAUCGUCUUGAAGCUAUACGACGUCGUCGUGAAUUGUUGGAGCGUGAAUCGCAAAAACCUGUUCAGAUGCGAUUCGGCAUUGGGGGAAGGGGGCCUUCAUGGUCUCCACCACCACGGAUUCAAUCGCCUGUGGUGACAACGGUGAACGGGGUCCAGAAAAGGCCCGCUGAAACGCGAAAGGGCUUCUCAUCUUGUUCCCGAUGUCCACGCAGCUGCGAGCCACGGAAGGCUACCCAUGUUCCACUUGUCCGCUCACGAUCGGCACCUCACAUGAGGCUUUCUCAAUGCUUUGCAACUCGUUCCACUUCAAACCGCCGUACUUCAUUAGUGCCGCCGUUCGGAUCGCUCUGCAAUUUGCAACAAAAGAAAGAUACGCCUCCGAUCAAGAGGAUGUUGAAGCGACAACGUUCGCGUACAGUGUCUACUUCACCGUCAACUUCACUUACAUCAAGAUUCCGCAGGCGUACACCUCUGGCGAGCGCCCGCAACAAGGAGAAGAUGACACCAUGGAACAACUUUCCUAAUACAUCGAGAUCGGCGCAAAUAUUAACUCCGCCAUUGGGUCCAAAACAUGGGAAAAGAGUUUCCGCCCCGCGCGAAAGGUCACCAUCUCCCCUACCGUCCUCUACCCAAACCACUGCGAUAAACGGGACGACACACGACGAACAACGGCAGCCUGCAGUGACGCUGGGUUCAGAAACAGUUUCAUCCUCGCCUACCAACCGGUUUCCUCUUCCGAGGUCUCGGAGUGUCUCCAACGCCGAACCUAAGGAAAUGGUGAAUCAGCAUGUGGGAUCAUCCCCAUUGAGGUGUGUCUCGGACGAAAAUAUGGAAACGGUCACCGCAUUUCGCGUAAGCGAGUUCCCCACACCGCGCACCCCUAAACUUCGUGAGAGUCUGGCCGUUUCGCUGUCCCCAGCAACUUCUCAGGGCGUGUCCAUUAAGCAAGAGUUGGUGGCGGAGACUCGCAUCAGCACUGACAGUUCUCCUCCGGUCGUGAAAGAGGAGGCAACCUGCAACCCCUGUGAUGGAUUGUUACUGCAGUCGUCUACAUGUCAGUCGGUUUUUGUGGGCAGUUCUUCCGUUCUUACCGGUGGUUUAUGUGAAGUUGAUAUUCAUCUCAAUGAGGAAUCAGAUGCGCCCCCACCCUGUGAAAUUGAAACCAGUAGGGACAAUAAGGAGACCAGGGUGAGUGCCGCGGCUUCUCCUGCUGGUGAAAGUGAUAUCGUUUCAAUGUCUCCAUCGUCACCAGGAUGCAAAGCUGCAGCUGCUUGCAGACCCUCCGCCAUGACGUCGUAUACGUUCGAUUGCAGCCCCACCACAAGUGAAUUCGACGGAACCGAAAUUGAGAGGAAUUCUCACCGACAGCUCAUGUUUGAUAUGGAAGAAAGCCAGAGCUCUACUGUGGCAGUUGAGGAUAAAAAGAAUGCGGAUGGUCAGCUGCACCAACACGUUAGUGGUGAAGACGAAGAGUUGGAAAACGACAGUGACCUAAAUAAUCGGGAAGAAGAGUUGUGUACUCCAAGGGAUAACCGCGGCGAGUGGCUACCUGAUACUUUGACGCACGGACUCGAUGCCUCUGCAGAGUCGGAGAAACCACAUGAAUGUGUGAAUGCCCUCUGCACACCCGUGGAUCAAAUACUGUAUUCAUCACCGUUGUGUGAAAUGGUGUCGCCACGGCCGCAAACACCCUUGUUGCAAGUGAGAAUGGAGCAUAAGCUCACCAUGCUCAACACUGCAGAGCGGGAAGAUGAGAAUUCACGCGGGAGUUUACUGUUGGUUACCGGUGAAAGUCCCAUUCCUCACACACCUGUUCUACAGGAACCGCACACACCGCCUCCAACAGAGGGAGUCCCGCUAUUUAUUUCUAAUACAUCGAAUCUCCCUCGUCCUGUGACACUAAUAUCGGCACUUCAGUCUCCAAUGAGUGCCCGUCGAUUGGUCCGUCCAGUGGCUGAAUCUCCUAUCGGAGAAUGUGCAGUGUGGAAUGGGGGAAAGUGGUCUCCCCCGAUGCGCACAGACUUAAAUAAGGAGCCAACGGUCCAACCGCGGGAAGUAGUUGAUCUAGAGCGACGAUACCUGGAGGCAGGCUCAGGACUACAAGGGGAAUCGGUACCUUCGAGUUCCUCAUCGCCCUGCUCCGGCUCUCGCUUUAAAAACAAAAAACUGCCUACUGAUUUGCUAAUGGUUUCACAUAUACUUGAGGCAAGCGAAGAGGCUCACCAGCCAAUAACGUCUGAGACAUCGUGUUGUACACCGUCACAUUCUCAGGGCAAUGAUCAGGCGUCAGGACAGCUGUCAGGAAGUUCAUCCACUGCACAGACCGCGGCUUCCCAACCGCGGAAGCAUUAUUACGAAAAAACUCACUGGGAGCAACACCAACUGGGGACCACAGCAAGCAACAUUGCGAAGGAACAUCGUCGGAGUGAGAAGGUAGUAGGUAAAGUUGAGCUAUGCGCCUCAAAGGUUUCAGAGGCUGUUGCUGCCUCCCUGAAUUUCACAGCAGGUGAGAAAAGGGAAAGGGAAGCCAGUUCUGAUACUGACCGGACUUCACAAUCCCCACACAUUUUGAAGGCGAAUGCAGCUCCCAGCCGAGACUUACGACAAGCAGGGGCCUCUCCUCAAGGGUCAUCACAAUCCUCCACAGGUGACGAUCCAAUUGGAAGCACUACGCAAACGAAACUUGUGUCAGAGAAACGCCACGCAAAGAAACACAGACGCCGGCGCGUUCGUCGCUUCAACAAGGGAGGAAAGUAG